GUCCUACUGACCACGCAGGACGAUGAGAAACGUUCCUCUUUGACUGUUACACUUUUUCCCAUUUUACAGCUCCCCACCUUUUGCAACUGUAACUCUUUUAUUGUCCUCCUGCACGUUUGGAGCAAAUGUAAAAGUCUUCUCGCGAUUCUGGAUCAUUAUUACAAAACCUUUUGAGGAAAUCUACUUUCAGCAAAUGAGCAAAGGGCAAAUGAGUGGCCCAACAUUCCCCUCGCCCAUUGCCGAGAUGGCAGAAAUCAACCGCAUCCACUAUGAUCUGCAGUACACAGAGGGGAUCAACCAGAGGAUGCGCAUACCUGAGAUGCUCAAAGUGGCUCUUCAAGGCCAGGAGGACUCUGGUGUUGCCUCGCAGCAUCUUCCUCACAGUGUUACAAUGCAAGUUCCGGAAAGAAUUGUUGUCUCAGGAGACAAUGAUCACCAGUUCUCAAGACCAAGAGACCUGGAUUUAAUCCAGUCUACACCUUUAGAAGCCUUGUCCCUGAAGACCCCGCCGAGAGUACUCACACUCAGUGAGCGACCUCUCGACUUCCUGGAGGACGAUCAUAGAGCAACUCCAGAAAGUGAGGCCACGCUGCGGCGUCAAGGGCGAUCGAGACGAGAACGCUCAGCUAGUGAGAACGCAGCUGUCCGUCAUAGUAGCCAACUGACGCAUAGCGAUUCAGCUGCAACAGUAUCCCCCUCAGCAACUCUUCACCCCCCUUCCCCUCCCAAUGUGGCUGAAGAAGACCACAACCUGUACACCGCUAGUGGCGUUUUAUCUUUCCUCCAGUGCACUACACGUCGGGCCUACCAGCAGGUCCUUGAGGUCUUGGAUGAACACCCUCGCAGAAAACCGUCACUGCGAGGGGGGUCAGCUUCAAGCUCCAACCCCCUGCAUGAAUCCAGGCUUGCACUAUCAACAUAUGAGGCGUCUCUGGAUGGGGGAUCUGACGACAUGACCGUUGUGGAUGCGGCAACACUUCGACGACAGCUUAUCAAGUUGAAUCGACGGCUUCAGCUUUUGGAAGAAGAGAAUAAGGAGCGAGCAAAACGGGAGAUGAUCCUCUACUCGGUCACUGUAGCUUUUUGGCUUGUCAACACGUGGGUGUGGUUAAGACGUUGAAUACAUCAGUGUUACAAAACAAGUCAACAUAAUUUUCCUAUUGUGUGUGCGACACAGUUACACUUGCUGCCACCUCGCUGAGCAAGACCAUAGCCUAUUGCACGACGUGCUCAUGUUUACUUAUCAUGUAUGUUUGUACAGUGUUCUUUUUGGUGUUUAUAUACUUUUGUUAGUUUUUCUUUUCAGUCAUGUUUUGCUUUUAAUUACACAUGUUGAGCAAUGCUAAGCAUGACUUGUAAAUACUGUAUGUAUCACUUCAGAAAGGAGUAAUGCUAUAUUUUGUUUCCAAAUAUCAAUGUUGCGCAAUGCAGUGUGACUUCAGAAAGGAGUAAUUCAUUAAUAAAGUACAGUUCUGUUUACCAAAGAAAGAAA